UCUAAUUAAUUCCAAUUUUGGUUUAACAAAAAAAAUUCCAAUUUUGGUUCGAACCGAAAUACAAAAAGGUUUUUAAUUUUGAUCCCACUCCAAGUUUUUUUGUCCGCAGCAACUGAGUCAACACAGAGUCAACUCGUUCUUCGCGUGCAUUUCAUCACACAACCACCGCAUACUUCGCCGUGCUGGAUCAUCGAACGCUCAUAUCAUUCACAGAGCGCUUCUGGUGGAAUUGGAGCGCGAGAGAGAUGAGUGAGGUGUUUGAAGGUUACGAGAGACAGUACUGCGAGCUGUCCGUCAAUUUGUCUAAGAAAUGCAACUCUGCUGCUCUUCUUCCUCUUGGAGAUCCAAGGAAGCUUAUGAUUUCUGAGCUCACAGUAGGGUUGGAUGAAGCAGAUGUGCUGAUUCGGAAAAUGGACCUUGAAGCAAGAAGUUUGCAACCAAGUCUGAAAGCUGCUCUUCUUGCUAAGCUAAGGGAAUAUAAAUCUGACCUUAAUAAGCUGAAAAGGGAAGUGAAAAAGCUAGCGUCUAGUAGUUUCGAUCAGGCUGCCCAUGAAGCUUUGCUGGAGUCCGAUGUGGCAGAUGGACAUGCAGCUUCUGCAAAUCAAAGAGAGCGAUUGACGAUGUCCACUGAGAGGCUAAAUAGGUCUAGUGACAGAAUCAUGGAGAGCCGGAGGCUUGCUUUAGAGACAGAGGAGCUUGGUGUCUCAAUUCUUGAAGAUCUUCACCAGCAGCGUGAAACACUGUUACACUCCCAUAACAAGCUUCACGGUGUGGAUGAAGCCAUUGACAAGAGCAAGAAGAUCUUGACUUCCAUGUCGAGACGCAUAAGCCGUAACAAGAUGAUCAUUGGAGCCGUGGUUGCUGCCCUUGUCAUAUCUAUCAUCAUCAUCCUGUAUUUCAAACUUUCUCAUUAACUCCAACUUUCUAUGUACAUAUUUUGUCAUCAUCAACACCCCAACUGGUACCCAGAGUUUACCAUUGCAGUUGCUUAUACAACAUAUAUUUGCAGUAUCCUAUCUCUUCUUUUCAGUUUGGUCCUUGCUGAGAAGUUAUUUUUUCUACGAAGAAUGAUUCGACUGCAAUGUGGUUGGCCU